AUGUCAAGACGUUCGACAUACCAGAAGCUACUACUAAGGGACAUGGCAUCAUUCAAGGGCCCAGACAUUUUGGUCUCCCCAGACACAAUGUCGUGGGCCCAGGCGGAUAACUUGAUAGUUUCCCCAGAAGGCUCAAUUUUAGUACAAGAUGCUGAGGGUCUGCUCUCGUUGCUCCUUCAGAACAUUCAAUCGUGCUAUGUCCAGAUCUAUCUGUCGCUUGUGUCAUCAGGACUGGUGCAUUAUGGCCGUCGGCGGUUUGGGAAAAAGGCCCUGGACUUCGAUUUCCAGCUGCACGAUGAGCCUCCAGUGAUAUUCAUUAGAACAUACGACAAUGACAGGUUGUACAUGAAGAUCUCGACGAAAAACGUGUUUGAAAAGUUGUUGCUGACCCUCAUGGCGUGGCAGAACAUGAAACCCCAAGGGCUAGUCAAGAAAUGGUAUGCACAGAACAAAGUGUUGAAUGCCACCACGUCAUCAUCAGAUCCCCACGAAUUGCUUGUGUGUCGCUUCAAGAUCUAUGGUCCCAUCCCGGCCAAGGCCAAAACGGUCACUUUAGUCAAUGGCCCGAAGCCACCAGUGUGUUUCAGCGAUGAAGUAAAUGGUUUGAAUGGUUCAAGUCCCUUUCUUGGAUCUCAGGAUGGGAAUGUUCCAGAAGGCUGGUUCUACACCAUGGGAGUGUUAAAAUCCAAUGGAAUUCUCAAUUUCAUUACGGAAUUGGAUGGAACCCUUCUAUAUUCUGUCAAUAUCAAGAAAUUGUUGCUGUCUGAGAUCCGGGAGCUUCACAAUUCCAUCUGCGACAACCCCAACAUCUUGUUCAUUGGCCACAUUAAGGAGUUACGAUGGAACAAUGUCAUCAAGCCCACAUCUACGCUCACUCCAGAACUGCUCAAUCUACAAUGCUUGCUCACUAAGGAUGGCCGGCCCAUCGCGAACAAUCUGCGUAUUUUGAUUGAGUUUCCUCUCCAUAUCGACUUAGAAGAUUGGUUUGUGGGAUUGAACUACUUCUGCAAGCGGGAGUACAUUGGCAUUUACGAUGAGAACUCUGUGUUGGUUGCUCCAAGUAACAAACGCUUUGUAGAUCUCGAAAGCACUAUCGAUCCAGACUCCAGUGUUGAAGGAAGUUCUAGGGCCAACACCUCUCUGGGAAGCACAGGAAUGGCCACGCUAGCAGACCACAAGCCGAUUGCAUCGUUGCAGAGCACAUCUCCAGACCUCGAACAAUAUACUAGGGACCAUUUCCGGGUAUCCAAGAAGGUGAUGCUAGACAUCAUUGAGGCCAAGUUCGAUAACGUAGAGUCCGCAAUCAAACUGAAGAGCAAGGUAUAUGCUGAAGUGGUUAUGUGGGGAUAUCCGUGGGCUCGGACGGCUCUUGUUGCACAUUCUGCUAAUCCGUUCUGGAAGGAGGAAUUCUCAACCGAUUUGCCCAUUCUGACCCAGAUGAUUCACAUCGUCAUCAAGAAGACUGCAGACCAUGCCCACUCCACCAAUGACAGAAUCGUUGGUACGGUUUUCUUGACCCCAGACAUCCUCGCCCAGCAACUUAAACGGACCUCAACCAUGUCGGUGGGAAUGCCCGGAGGUGAAGGUAUCUCACUUCCGGGUCUGGUGUCUAUUACACAAGGCUUGAACGCGGCAGCUGCUGCUGCAGUUGCUGCUCACAAUAACAAUAUUGUGAGACUUUCCAUCUACGACUCGAAUAACCUGGUGGUCGGUAAAUUGUUGUUGACAGUGGACUUGAAAGAGUACUUAAUUCCUGCUCCUCAAGAUUUCCGUAUUCUUGAAAAUAUGCUCUUGAACUGUCCCAUGAAGGAACUUAUUGAAUUUUGUAAUUCGACUGUUACAACCUCUGAGUUUGAGAACGUAAGUUUCAUUCUUCUAGAUAUUUUUCAGAGUCUCGCAGUUGAAGAUAAGUGGUUCAAAACAUUAAUGGAGGUGGAGUUGGUAAUGGUGGAUAAAGUUACAAGAAAAAAUUACGGCAAGAAAAACGGCGGUGCCACGUCGUCCAGCAACAUGUUCAAUACGUUGUUUCGUGGAAAUUCCAUCUUCACCAAAUCGUUGGAAAAGUACAUUCUUCGUAUUGGCCAGGAGUACUUGGAAAAAGUGUUUGGAGAUUUCUUUGAGAAGAUUGCUGUGCAAAAAAAGAACUGUGAAAUCGAUCCCAGAUACGUUCGCCAGCAGGAGAAGGCGGCCAGAAAAGGCAGACCAAUCGAUGCAGCAGGCACAACAAGCUCCGAGGAGGAUGAAGAAAGUGAUCUUGACUCGGAUGAAGAGGAGGAGCGUGAGGAGAGAAUCAAGCAGGUGGUGGAAGAAAACUUCCAGAAUCUUUACGGCUAUACUGAAGAAAUCUGGCAGAAAAUCUACGCCACAUCCAAUGACUUGCCUCUGCAAAUCAAGAAUCAAUUGAAAAACUUCAGAAACAAGGUGGAUUUGGCGUGUGAUCCCGAUGAUAAGGUCACGGCAUUGAACUGCUUGAGUGCAUUUAUCUUCUUGAGAUUUUUCUGUCCGGCCAUUUUGAAUCCCAAGUUGUUUUACUUGACCAAAACACACCAGACCGGACAGGCACAACGAACCUUGACAUUCAUCGCUAAAAUUUUGUUGAAUCUUGCAAAUAGGCAAGAGUUUAGUGCGCACAAGGAGCCACAUUUGGUGAAGAUGAACGAAUUUUUAAGAAAGCAUGAGUCGGAGGUGUACGACUACUUUGACAAGAUCACGGGCCGAAGAAAUGAUUUCAACGAGAAGGUGCUUAAUUUAUCGCACGAAAUGAAGCGGUUCGACUUAGGGUUGAGCGGAGAUUCAGCAUCUAGUGAGUUGCCAACUACUCCAUACUUAAUUGAUAAGUAUUUGCGGCUAACCGAGUUUAUUCAUCUUCUCCAUUUAAACACACAUGCUCGAAUGCAAUCGCAGUCGUCCAAGUUGGUUUCGUCAGUGUCUUCAGCUAGCAUCAACACCACGCUCACCCUGAGUUCUUCUAUUCCAUAUAAUGGGCCGCAAAGCUCCAGCCACAAACACCUUCUUCCGGAUAGACAGACCAUUGUGGAUAGUUCAGAUGAUAUCCGUAUUAACGAGGAGCGAAACGUCUACCAAAUCGGGUCAUUGGAAUUUGAGAAAUCGGAGUUUUUGGAUUUGGUAGGCGAUAACGAGACCGAGGGCUUCAUCAAGUCACUCUGCCGAAGCAACGAGCAGAUUUUCUCGUUUAUCACGUCCAACAUCACGCUCAAGGAUCUUCAGAAGCAAAGCACCAAUCUUGUUAACAACAUCAACGAGCUCUCUCUGCAACUCCAACGACCAGAGCAGUGUCGGAAUCUUCAGGGCGAUUCCAAGCUCUGGGAAGCAUUUGUCACUAAUGUUGUGUCGAGGGCUUACCUUGAUACCCUGAAGAAUGCUAUUGUAUUUUACGACAAGCACUUCCAGGACUCUGUUCUGCCCAUGCACAAGCGAAUGAUCGAUAAUGGCCUUUCGUUCUUGAAGUUGAAGUUUCCCCAGGAGUAUCAGGGAGGCGAAACGAUGCUGAUUGUGGAGAGUUUCAGCUCGACGUCAAUAAGCAGUGUGUCCAAAUCGAACACGAAAAACCCAUUCAAGAGAUGGCUCAGGAGAGAUUAA